AUGCCAACGAAGCAAGAUACGAAUGUGCCCACCGAGUCUCCAUUCAAAAUUAGUGAGCACUUAUAUGAAUUAUGUCUAUCAUCUGAGAGCGUCUCAUCAGCUCUCGCCCGAGAUUUGACAUUGACUCCUGGUGAGGCAUGGAAGAAGCUGUUCGGUUGGUAUACUCAUGACCAUGGCUCCAAGGGGGACUUCCGCGACAUUGGAAAAGGCUCUCUUAGCUCUAAAGAACUGGAGAGAGCCAGGGCCUGUGGGAAAUGGGGUUCACAAAAACCCAGCGACUUGUUUCUCAGAAUCUAUCACGAUGCACUAUCUACACUUGACGAGAAUUUGGAGUGCGGUAUGGUAAGCCCUUCUUUGAUGGGUAGCAGCGGGACUAUGCCAUUAACCAUCAUUUCCGUCAUCCCUGAUAUCGUGAGGCACAUGUCCAACCUCAUCGUCCGCGCUGAAAAAGAGGUAUACCUCGCAACCAAUUUUUGGCAGAACGGAGUGGCCUCCAAGUACAUCACGAAUGCGAUAAGAGAGCUUUCAUGUCGCGCAGGGGAGCGAGGAGUGAAAAUCGUCGUAAAGAUCAUAUAUGAUCGCGGGAGUCCAAAGCAACUCCUCGAGCCGCAUUAUAUGGUCCCCGAGAGCGAAUACACCGGUAGUGCCGUUGGACUACCAGCUCCACAUGAGAUCCCUAAUAUCGAUCUUCAAGUCAUUAAUUAUCACCGUCCGCUGCUAGGCACGUUUCAUUCUAAGUACAUGAUCGUCGACCGCAAGAUAGCCGUCGUACAGAGCAAUAAUAUUCAGGACAACGACAAUGUAGAGAUGAUGGUGCAGGUGGAAGGCCCCAUUGUAGACUCGUUGUACGAUAUGGCGCUUUUGAGUUGGCAUAAGAAAUUAGAGCCGCCGUUGCCAUAUCUCAAUUCUCCUGCAGCUGAGAGCGGAAGUACAAGUUUUACCUCGAGCUAUGCUGAUAUAUUCAGUCCUGAAGGAGCUAUCAAAGGCUACUCUGCGAUUGUAGAUACAGAUAAACUCCCGGGAGGAGAUAACUACGGCCUGAACGCUUUUGAGACCAAACGAACGGAAGGAUGGACAGACCAUGUUAAUGGAACGGGUAGAUCGAGCAUAGAGACAUCAAAUAGCCUGGGUUCUCUUAAUGGGGUUGGUGAUAGAUCCAGUAGCCAUGAAGGACAAGACGGUUUUAUUGCUCAAAAUCCCGAAGGAGGAAACUUUGCACCGCAAGGCCUACUUCCGGAGCAAACCGCAGACGCUCCCCACUACGACGAAGACCUCGCCGGGGAAAUCCGCCGCGUACAAGCGUCCGUAAGCCAAAAGCCAGGCGAAACGCGGAUGCAAGCUGUGUCGCGCCACCUCAAUCACACAGUUAACGAAGGGUUCGAAGGAACCGCUCCCGAGUGUGAUCCGCGGGACGAGAUGACACCGUACAUACCGCACCCAAUACACGAGCCCUUCCCAAUGGCUCUUGUCUGCCGCGCCCCUUACGGCCAACCGAAUCAUUCCUCUGUCUCAAAUCCCCAAAACGCGGCCUGGUUGUCGGCGUUGAGAAAUGCGCAGAAGAAUGUGUUCAUCCAAUCCCCAACGCUGAACGCAGAGCCGCUUAUCCCGGCUAUUGUGGAGGCUUGUGAGCGUAGCGUGGAUGUUUAUUGUUAUAUUUGCCUAGGAUAUAAUGACUCGGGCGAGAUGCUCCCCAUGCAAGGCGGCCACAACGAAGCCAUCGCACACCACCUCUACACCGACCUCCUCUCCCCCAGCGCAAAGCAACAUCUGCACUGGUACUGGUACACCGCCAAAGACCAGACGUCUCCCAUCGUAGCAAGCAAGAAGCGACGGUCCUGCCACAUCAAACUUCUCAUCGCGGACGAGCACAUCGGCGUCGUCGGGAACGGCAACCAGGAUACGCAGAGCUGGUUUCACAGUCAGGAGGUUAACGUACUAGUUGAUAGCGGACUGGUCUGUCGUAACUGGAUUGCGGGGCUAAGGAGGAAUCAGAAUACGCAUUUGUAUGGGAGAGUUGGGGGGAGGGAUGGGAUUUGGAGGGAUGGCGAGGGUAGGGAGGCGGAGGGGGCGACGGGUGUGGAUGCGGGGAGGUUGGCUUGGGCUAGGGGGGUUGUGGGCGCGGUUAAGAGGGUGCAGGGGACGGGGGGGUUUUAG